CUCUUUCUCCUCGCUCCAUCUUGUUAUAAUUAUCACAUCAUAGUAUAGGUACAUACUUUUAGUUUCAGGUGGAAUUAUUUCCCUGACCUUAGACAAGUGUAGUGUAUACAAUAGUGAAUAGAGUAUAGACUGGCGACCGCGCAAGUCGUAAUGGACAACCAUUUACACUUUCCAGUCUUCUUCAUCGUAGUAUCUACGUAUUUGUUGGGAACUAUCAAGAACCAGCAGGGAUAUUUGGACAUCUGUUGCACAACAUAGUAAUUUGUGUACAGACAGCAGCCAGCAGGCCGCUCAACUUUAAUAAUAUGGAUUAUGGCCACAACACACUGGAAUUGAUAUUAAAAAAUUGACUUUAAUAUCUAAAUUUAUACUAAUGGAGGUUGAUACGAAAUCAUCUCAAGAAAUGGAGAAUGUUGAAAUAAUGCAACAAAUGGAUUUGAUUAGCAAUCACAUUACACAUACAAAUGAAAUCCGCAUGAACAUUCAGUCUGAAAUUGAUUCUUUUAAUAUUUUGUAUGCAGAAUGUGCCAAAUGUACCCAACACUUGCAACACAUGAGAAACCAAAGAAUGAGUAUCCCUCAAGGUCCAGAAAUAGAACGUAAAUUAAAACAAGAAAAAGAGCUGUACGAAGGACAACUAAAAACACAGUCAUUGAGUCUCAACAACGCUCUUUGUAUUUACAUUAAUAAAUUAAACGAAUCUUUAAAUUUGCUCAGUCCCGUACAAAGUCAUAUAAUCGAUAAAGCUUUGAUUCAGUGGAAACGUGAACAGCAGUUAACUGGUAACGGAUACAAAUACAUCAAGGAUAUAGACGUCAUACAGAUAUGGUGUGAAAAGUUGUGUGAUUUGAUAUGGAUAACGCGCUCACAAAUUAAAGAAGCCGAUCGUUUCAGAGUAAAUUUGGGUCGUUAUUUUGAAUUACCCCAGUCAUGUGAGAUUAUAAAUUCUCUUCUAGACUUGACCACGCAACAUCUAGCAUCUUUAGUAUCCAGUACGUUCGUUAUAAUAACUCAACCUCCACAAGUUCUAAAGACUAAUACGAGAUUUGUGGCCGAAGUACGUUUACUGAUUGGAGGUAAACUGAAUAUCCACAUGACUUCUCCCGUGGUUAAAGUUUCUAUAGUAAGCGAAACACAAGCAAACCAAAUAAUUGGCAGAAACAAACCAGAUGGAGAGUCAUGUGGUGAAAUACUUAAUUGCUCAGGAAAAAUGGAGUACCAACCGGUACAGAGACAUCUUUCUACCAAUUUUCGGAGUAUGCAGCUAAAGAAAAUUAAGCGUACCGAGAAAAAAGGAACAGAAUCCGUUAUGGAUGAAAAGUUUUCAAUCUUAUUUUCUUCCAAGUUCUAUAUUGGCAAUGAACUUCAAUUUGAGGUAUGGAAUUUAUCUCUACCUGUUGUGGUCAUUGUACAUGGUAAUCAAGAUCCUCACGCUUGGGCUACUGUUACAUGGGACAAUGCUUUUGCUGAACCUGCUCGAGUUCCUUUUAGUGUCCCCGACAAAGUACCAUGGAGAAGUGUUGCAGAAGCGUUAAACAUGAAAUUUUUUGCUGCAACUGGCCGUGGCCUUUCCGAUGAAAGCUUAACAUUUUUGGCUGAAAAAGCUUUUAGAAUUAAAGCUAUUGAUUUUAACAAUAUGUUGUUGUCUUGGUCAUUUUUUUGUAAAGAACCUUUACCCCAAAGAAGUUUUACAUUUUGGGAGUGGUUUUAUGCAGUAAUUAAGAUAACUAAAGAACAUCUUAAGGGACCUUGGACCGAUGGGGCAAUUAUGGGAUUUAUUGGAAAAUGUGAUGCAGAAGAAAUGUUAACCAAGUAUACAACUGGUACAUUUUUGUUAAGAUUCUCUGAUUCAGAACUUGGUGGAUUAACUGUGGCCUGGGCAGGUUCUAAUGAAUCUGAUGCUUAUAGUUUGCAUCCAUUUUCUGCUAAAGAUUUAUCAAUACGCAAUUUGGCAGACAGGCUUUUAGAUUUGCCAUAUCUGACCAAAUUAUAUCCUGAUAUUGAUAAAAAUCAAGCAUUUGGAAAAUACUAUACACAGCCUCCAGACUUGAGUAUGCCUGUUACAAGAAACGGAUAUCUUAAACCACUAUUAGUUACCCAUGUACCUGGAUGGGGCGGACCGAAUGGUCAAGGAAUAAACAGUUUUCCUAAUACUUCACCAAAUCACAUGUUUCAUACUUAUUUGUAAACUCCUAGUCCUUACAGUAGACAACAAAUUUUGUGAACAACAAAUGAUUAAAGAACAACAUCUACUAAAAUACGCAGUUUCCACUUAAUACAACGCCAUUGACAAAGAAGUGGUUCAUGGCUUCAAGAUACUUUCAAAAGAAUGCAUUGGCAGACCUCUAGUUGGAAAUCAAUGCUGUAAAUGUGCACUUCACAUCAGUUUUAAAAAUGUUUUUGCGAUACAUGCCUUUUUUUACUUAUUCACUGGUAUUUAAUUUAAUUCAAUGUACUCUCCAUAAUGUGAUUACAUAUUUAUAUUUAUAAUGUACUUACUUAAGGAUAUGAGAAUUAAAUAUUAAAUAAUUCAGGGUUAAGGGACAACAUUAUAGGGGUAGACGAAGUACCCAUCCCAGUUUGCGACCACACUAUAUAUAUAUAGAUAUGUUUUAUUGUGUACUUUUUUAUUUUAUACAGGGUAACACACCUCUUUGUUAUAUAAUUAUGAUUAUUUACAAAUUGUUCACCUCAAUUUAUAAUAAAUAUAAAAUUAAUUAAAGAGCAGAGCGGUGGCCAAGUGACUAGAAACAUAUUAUGUUUUGCUCUUGAAGUUAGGAUUUGACACAAGGUAGCCAUGAAAAUUUGCUCGUUUGUGACCUCACAAGUAUUUGAACUGCCCAAUAAUUGAUAAAGUAGUUAUAGUUACCUAGAACCAUUUUUUGAUCUCCUAUCUCGUAUGGGGUCAAUCGGGUAAUAUGUUAAAAUAAGGAUUAAGUGGAUGUGAAACUGUCAUUUUUGACAUUUUGUUUUUCUUUAAAAAAAAGUUUAUACACUUCUAUUUAAAAUUGUGCUUAAUCCUUAAAUGGUUUGUUAAAUUUUAAAUAACUAUCAGUCAGUGAAUAUACAAAAAAUAACAUUGUCUUUAAAUGUGUGUUUCUUUAAAUUAAAUGUUUUACUGUUUAUAUUAUAUUAUGCAGCAAUGUAUUAAUUAUUUUUAAGAUAGCUAUAAGGAUCUGUCGUUAGCGCUGAAGAUGACAACAUUGUUGCUGAAAUACAUUUACGCAGAGAGUGUAUUAUUUUAUGGUUAAGGGUUUUAAAUAUUAAUUUCUUUAAUCUUUAUUAGCUAUAAAACCUUAUUCCUGUAAUUAAUUAUAAACAUAUGAAAAAUAAGCUGUUUAAGCUCCAUUCUAUUUAAAUUGUUCAAUGAACAAAGAUGACAAGUACAAAAAUGUAUUUAAAUACAA